AUGGAGGCCAACGCCCUGAUGGAGCUCGGGCAAGGUUCCAGGCAGGACCUAAAUGUCACCGUCCGUCUACAGGUUUGGCAUUACAGCGAGCGAGGACGAUGCCCUGAGUUCAACGCAGAGCUUGCUCGUCGGUUCUCCCGUGAGGCUCUGGGGCACUGGACUGCUUACCCGGCUGAGGUGGUUGAACCCGAUGAUAUCUCGAUUCGAGAUGAGUACGUUCCAGUGGAGGUCGACUUCGUACACGGCGUCGCCACAUACAACGAACCUCAGGGAAAUCCCGAGUCUGGGGUUCGCGAUGUCUUCAAGAAGGUCGCUCCACCGGUUAUAUAUGAUUACUUCGUCUCCGAACUACAAAGCCCACCUCAUUCAAUGAAUAUCUACGCAGUUGCCGACGGUGAAGAGAUGGCUGAGAUGCACAUCAAGAUGAAGUAUGCGCAUAGCUUCUUCUUCAUUCCGCUGGAGCUUCGGCUUGAGCGGUUUAUCAAGCCCGUAAUGGUCUGCCAGGAGGACAUGAUAAUGAAGAUAUUGCACGCAGGGGUCAACUCCCUCCCUAUUUUAGGGUCGUUGAUCUUCGCCUACAUGGCUUCUCAGGGCGCAAACAUCCCCAAGGGAACAGAUCUUCUCGCUACCGCCAGAAAUAGCCUGAGCCAGCUCUCGUCCAAUCUGCCCUGGUUGGAAGACAUGCUUAAGAACGUGGAGAACGGUGUAUCCGAGAACACGCCCACUAGCCGCGGGCCCCUCGUUCUCUUGGGUAAUGCAUCAGACUCAUUUCAGAAACUCCGCGAACUCAUCGGCGAGUUAAAACCGAGACUAGAAAUAGUAUCAAGCGGAAGGAGUCUCACGAAUCAGGGCAUCGUUAGAACGAUACUUGACCUGCGCCAGGCUACGAUUCAUCUCUCCGAGUACGAACAGGCUAUGGUGAGCUUCAACAACGAAGAAAUCGGCAAGUGGAACGAGAAGGCCAGCCAUCAUCAGAGACUCUUCUACAGCGCAGGGAUCGCUACGGUCGGGUUCGCAGGGAUUCCCGCCCUGGCUUUUUGGAACCCAAAUCUCGCCGACCUUCUCGCCAAUACACUGGCUCAAAGCGUUGAGCUGGAUCCUGUUGCUGUCACAGCCCAGACAGUCGGGGUGACAGGUGCUACUAGUUCAGGCCUUGCUACGAUUUAUCAGUACCGUGAGAAGAGCAAAGCGCGACAGGCGCUUGGUGAGGCUCAAAAAAGAGCUAGUACCGGCCAAGACGCCCUGGUAGACAUCUUUGAAGCUCUGCGCAAGACCCAGGCCAUCUUGGCCUUGGUUUACAUUGUGCAGGUGAUGCGGCAGCCCAUCGCAUGCAUGGGAGAGGAAGAACUUACCAGGGCGGUCAAGAUGCUAGGGGGCGAUUUGCGGUAUCUUGAUCGCGCAACCUAUAACCACAAUCUUGUACAGGACAGAUUAGAUGCAUUGUUGCAAGCAUGUAUCAAACUGGAUACGGAGUACCAGAAAACCAUGCGUACCAUGAAUGUUGCGAUGGAUACAGUGGGAAGGGUGGUUGAGACCACGUAG